AUGCCGGUGGGGCUGAGGUACAACGAUGCGGCGCUGAAGGAUAUCUUUAAUGGCUGCAUUGACGAUCCUCUACCUCGGUGUGAGAUGGAGGGGCUACAGGACUUGGAUUUCUGGAGAUUUGCCGCCUAUCUUCGCCACCGGGUAGAUUGGGCCUCACCAAGUCAACCAGGCAGUGUGCAUGCUCCUGACCAUGAAUCCGUCUCUAAAGUCACCGGGGAGGUGGGCACUGAGCCUCAGCUUCACCCCGGUAAAGCGAGGAGGAGGAGAAGGAAGGUUUCCUUCGGACGUCAGGGCCCGGAGCCCGCUCCAGUCAGUGAGUCCACUCCAGAGCCCGCUUUAGUCAGUAAGUCCAGUCCAGAGCCCACUUCAGCCAGCGAGUCCACUCCAGAGCUCAGUGAGUCCGCUCCAGAGCCCGCUCCAGCCAGUGAGUCCGCUCCAGAGCCCGCUCCAGCCAGUGAGUCCGCUCCAGAGCCCGCUCCAGCCAGUGAGUCCGCUCCAGAGCCCGCUCCAGAGCCCGCUCCAGAGCCCGCUCCAGAGCCCGCUCCAGAGCCCGCUCCAGAGCCCGCUCCAGCCAGUGAGUCCGCUCCAGCCAGUGAGUCCGCUCCAGAGCCCGCUCCAGCCAGUGAGUCCGCUCCAGAGCCCGCUCCAGCCAGUGAGUCCGCUCCAGAGCCCGCUCCAGCCAGUGAGUCCGCUCCAGAGCCCGCUCCAGCCAGUGAGUCCGCUCCAGAGCCCGCUCCAGCCAGUGAGUCCGCUCCAGAGCCCGCUCCAGAGCCCGCUCCAGAGCCCGCUCCAGAGCCCGCUCCAGAGCCCGCUCCAGCCAGUGAGUCCGCUCCAGCCAGUGAGUCCGCUCCAGAGCCCGCUCCAGCCAGUGAGUCCGCUCCAGAGCCCGCUCCAGCCAGUGAGUCCGCUCCAGAGCCCGCUCCAGCCAGUGAGUCCGCUCCAGAGCCCGCUCCAGCCAGUGAGCCCGCUCCAGAGCCCGCUCCAGCCAGUGAGCCCGCUCCAGAGCCCGCUCCAGCCAGUGAGCCCGCUCCAGAGCCCGCUCCAGCCAGUGAGCCCGCUCCAGAGCCCGCUCCAGCCAGUGAGCCCGCUCCAGAGCCCGCUCCAGCCAGUGAGCCCGCUCCAGAGCCCGCUCCAGCCAGUGAGCCCGCUCCAGAGCCCGCUCCAGAGCCCGCUCCAGAGCCCGCUCCAGAGCCCGCUCCAGCCAGUGAGUCCGCUCCAGAGCCCGCUCCAGCCAGUGAGUCCGCUCCAGAGCCCGCUCCAGCCAGUGAGUCCGCUCCAGAGCCCGCUCCAGCCAGUGAGUCCGCUCCAGAGCCCGCUCCAGAGCCCGCUCCAGAGCCCGCUCCAGAGCCCGCUCCAGAGCCCGCUCCAGAGCCCGCUCCAGAGCCCGCUCCAGCCAGUGAGCCCGCUCCAGAGCCCGCUCCAGCCAGUGAGCCCGCUCCAGAGCCCGCUCCAGCCAGUGAGCCCGCUCCAGAGCCCGCUCCAGCCAGUGAGCCCGCUCCAGAGCCCGCUCCAGAGCCCGCUCCAGAGCCCGCUCCAGAGCCCGCUCCAGCCAGUGAGUCCGCUCCAGAGCCCGCUCCAGCCAGUGAGUCCGCUCCAGAGUGCAUUGAUGAAGUGACAGUCACCAAGACCAUCACCACACGUGCCAACCAGAAGCUGUGGAUGACAGCAGAGGUUCGUGGGCUGCUCAAGACCAGAGAUGAAGCAUUCAGAUCAGGAGAUAAAGCAACCCUUAAAACAGCAAGAGCCAAUCUGUCCUGUGGCAUCAAGAAUACGAGACAGUCAUUUGCACAAAAAAUCAAUAAUCACUUCACAGACAGCAGAGACACACGGAGCCUGUGGCAAGCCAUUCAGACCAUCACUGACUACAAGCCCCCGCCACAGGCCUGUGAUGACGACACAAAUCAUUCAGAUGCACACAAUCAGCUCUAUUCACGGUUUGAAAUGCAGAAUGACACACCUGCACAAAAACUGCCCACACCUCACACCAACCAGGUGCUCUGUCUGUCUCCAGCCGAAAUAAGGAAUACCCUAUCUAUGAUUAACCCACGCAAGGCUGUGGGUCCUGACAACAUACCUGGCCGUGUACUGAGAGAUUGUGCUGCAGAGCUGACAGAUGUCCUAACAGAUAUCUUCAACACCUCAAUGAAUCAGGCAAUCAUCCCCACAUGUCUCAAGUCCACAACUAUCAUACCGGUACCAAAGAAAUCACCUGUGUCCUGUCUAAAUGACUACCGUCCCUUAGCACUGACUCCAAUCAUGAUAAGAGAUUAG